AAACAAUCUCAGAAAUCAAAAAUCCGAUGGGGAGGAAGAAGGGAUUGCCGGAGUUCGAAGAGUCGGCGCCGGAUGGAUUCGAUCCGGAGAAUCCGUACAAGGACCCGGUUGCGAUGGUUGAGAUGAGAGAACACAUUGUUCGUGAGAAGUGGAUCCAUAUCGAAAAGGCUAAGAUCUUGCGCGAGAAGGUCAAAUGGUGUUACCGCGUCGAAGGUGUUAAUCACUACCAGAAGUGUCGCCAUCUCGUUCAGCAGUAUCUCGACGCCACUCGCGGCGUCGGUUGGGGCAAAGACCACCGUCCUAUCUCUCUUCACGGUCCCAAGCCAGUAGCUGUUGAAGAAGCUGAAUAAUGUUGUCUGCCUGAUUGAUCUUAGGUGAGUGAAAGCUUUGAUUAUUGGACAUAAAUGGAGAGUCUAUGUUGCAAGUUUAAUGAGUCCAUGAAAGGUUGUUGUUUAAUUUGUGCUUUUGUUUUCGUUAAAACAUAUUUACUAAUUGGAACUAUUCACUCCCAAUUAGUUAAACUCAGCCUCGGUUUGUUAUCAAAAUAAGUUUUGCUUUCUUGGCUUUCUGUUGUACAUUGAUUCCCUGUUUUACUCGAAAUAAUGAAACAUUCAAAAAGA